AUGGACUUUUGGUCUCGUCUAAUAGGCGGCUCCCGUUCGUUGUCUACUAAGAGCUUUCGGGCCACAUCUCCUACAGAGCGAUUGACAGCCUUCAAGCGGACGUGUAAUACCUUGCAGCAAAUAUGGCGCUCCAGCAACUCGCCUUCAGGAGAUCAGUCCGCGACGACACAUGCGCGCAACUGCAUUGACCGACUGAUCUCAGUCCUUAGCGAUGAAUCCCGAGGUCCUGCUCCACAUCCAUGCCUGGCAUAUGCCUCCUCUUCUCAGAUAUUCGUGACCGUCACAAAACUUGCUCUAUCUUCCUACGAUGACUCGAUGCUUCACUCUGCAACCUUGUUUUUCAAUACCUUGAUCGAUUCAGAAGUUGAUGGUGUUGUGGACAACCGGCUUUUCGCACGAGCCCUGGUGGAUCUAGUCCGACGUGCGGAUAAAAGCUCAGAGGAUGUUGAGGGCAGACUUGUGGAACUUUUAUUUAGUGUAGCCAACAAUAUUCGUCUACAACCUAGUAUCCUCACUGCCUGGUUCGCCCCCAGGUCAGACGACCAGGAUGGCAAUCGACAUAAUUCAAGUGCGACCGAGUUCGCCGGCGCGACCAGGAAGGAUGAUUUCCCGUUGUUCUAUCUCUUGGUUGAAUACGUACACCAUGCUGGCCGAGCUGGUGAUUUUGCCCGCACGGGAUUGCUCUAUCUUAUUGAAACGGCGUCUCGGUCCAAAGCACUAGAAAGGUGGCUUAUUGACAGUGACCUUGCUACCCUCAUGGCCACUGGGCUUGGUGCCCUCUACAGCCAGUUGGGAAGUCUUACUUUCACUACAGCAACUGCAGAGAAUGUACCAACUAUCAUUGCAUUGUCGGAUCAUGGGAACCAAGAGACGGCACUUCCACCUUCACUCGAGGUGAAUGGCACAUUGUUAGAUCACUUCCAGGUCUUGUUUUUAGAGCAACUUCUAUAUCCGUCUCUGUUAGAAUCAUCUGAUGUCCACGGGGGUUCCACAGCUGCUGUGCUUACUUACCUGUAUCGCAUUCUAGACUCAAUAGGCCAGGAUGAUCUAGUUCACCGGAUUCUGCAUUUCUUGCUUGCGUCCCCCUCUGGUUUCGAGUCUAAGCCAGUUGAAAAGACCGUGGAUAUGUCCGCCAGCCGGCGAAAAUCAUUGGACGUGUUAGCUGCCUUUUCCGAGGAAGCUGCAAGACCAUCUCCGUCACUUUUCAAUUUGAGGGACUUGGUGCUCCUCGGCCUACAAUCUGCAAAUCGCCAGACUGUAUUGGCGACGUUACGAUUAAUGGCGGUUAUCCUACAACGACAUCAUACCUUUGCUCGAUCAUUGAUUCGAACUAUACCUGGCCAACUUGCCAAACAACGCACAGUUGGGGCUUUGAAUGCUGAAUUGCAACGACUGUUGGCGAUGACGAAGUCUCUGGUCGAUAAACCUACAUUAGAUGAGUCAUUUGAAAACUAUCUGAAGGACGCUUCAUGGAUAUUGGAAUCUCGUUUGUAUAUUCCACCAGCCGAAGACGACCUAGAAGAAGACAUGCCGCUGGAAAUCAAACAGGAUGAUCCCAUAGUGCAGGAGCUCUUAAAUUGUCUCGGUGAUUUCUUCACAAAUAGUGUGAUUGUGAACCUGGCUUUAACGGAGGUUCUCAUGAGUAUCGCAUCUUCUCACCUUAUAUCGUUGGACGGGUGGCUACUUGUUGAUCCGUCCAAAUACAACUACGGCGACCACACUGCGGAACAGACCACCACUCCAAGCAUCUUGGAUCAGAUUCAGCUCGCCUAUCUAGAACCCUCAUGGUCAGAAUCUGAUACGCCAACUCUCAUUGCUGUGUUACAGAACCUUAUUCAACGAAUCCACCAAUGGCAGAAAGAAGUGCCUGAUUUUGACAUACUGGUUGCAGCCCGGUGGGAUUUACUCCAUCAGGGAGACAGCCCAACGGAAACACCUAGUGGCAUUACACCGCAUUCACAGCCUCCUCUGAUUGAUCGGUCUUUGCGAGGUGCGCAAUUAGAAUCCGAUUUUGGAUCACCCCGGGGUAGAACUUCUCGCCGUCUAAACUUGCAGGCUGUAACGUCUUCACUGCAGGGGGCCGCUGUAGUCUCCCCAUUACGAGAACCUUCGGUCCUCUCUGAACGGUCCCAUGGCUCCUCAGUAUCUCGUGCGGCUGCGGCCGAAGAGCUACAAAAACGAUUAGCAAAACCAUUUCAUGUAGAACAGCCUUACAAGAUGAAUAUGGGAAUCCAAAACCUUGAUCAAGAUGAAGAACUAACAGAAGUCGAGGGUAAUGCCGAUGUCGAUGCCAAUGCCGGCGAGGAGCCACAGCCAUCGACUUUGGGGCAUGUCCUGACCAAUGUGGUGAUACUAUAUGAGUUUAUGUUGGAAGUCUCGGCCAUGGUGCAGGCUCGAGGGACUCUAUUUGGCGAGGCAGGGUACCCGGCAAUAGGAUAG